AAAAAAAAAAAGUUUGAGUACAGGCCACGCUUGAUGUUGGGAUAUUUUUGUUAAACCCUAAAUUUUACGGUCUAAAGUGUAUAUGUUUUACAUGAAAAUUUGACUUUCAGAGGAUUAAAGUGUGACUUGCCCGAUCAGGAUCCCUCUGUGGAGCCAGGACAUGCACCCUUGUAAGAGUGUUUUCACCAGACCACACCGAAUCCAAAACUUCGGGACACGCAGAGGGGGUGGGGUGAGGGUGGAGACAGCAUUUGGGCUUCCUUGCCUGCCGCAUUGCUCCGCCCCUAGGCUUGCUCUUUGUAGGGGGACCGCAAGAUUCCCUGCCUUCCCGGGAGUCCUAGGCAGGCACCUUUAACCUUGAGCCUGCUCGCUGGCGACCUCCAGAGGGUCAGGAUGGUUGGGGACCGGUGUGAAUGAGGACUCUGCUAGUUUUAACGACUCUAUUUGCAUAACGAAGACCGAGCUUCCUCCCGCCGGUCUGCAGUGUUUUUCUUCCCUCCUCCGUUCCCCGGCACCUACAUCCCCAGUCCCUCACUGCUCCCCUCUGGUCCCCUUCUCGGGGGACUUACUCGGAGCUUGAGUCCCAAGGCUCUUCUUCCCCGGCCCGGUGAGGUCCAGAGGCACCUGGAGGUGUGGAGUCCAGGACCAGGCCGGGCUGGGGAGCCGCCCUGGCACUGCCUGACCCUAACAAAGGGAAUUGGGCUGCCGGGCGGCGCGAGCGCGCGGUGGGCACAGCGGCCGCCGCCUUCCCGGCUGAGAGCACUGAGAGCAGGGGUAGAGCCAACUGUGCCAACCACAGCAGCCAGCCACCCGGAGAGAAGCAAUCAGUGCCCCAGAAGUCAACUGAAAUGAACCGGCCCCCUUGAGCCCCUCCCAAAGGCCUGGUACCCGCUUUCCAUCUCAAUGCUGAGAUGGUUUUUGAUCAUCCUGAGAAAAAUGAGCCCUGGCCGCCAGACCUAAUCAAGUAAACCUCCUUCCCAUGGACAGUAGUGCUGGCUCCUGAGGACCUGGAGGCCUGCAGCCCCAGAGGGAUUAGCAGGCUUGGUUCCUGCUCACAACAGUGGCUUCCUGCCCAUACCUGUCAUUAUGAUUCACACCAACUUGAAGAAAAAAUUCAGCUACUUCAUCCUGGCCUUUCUCCUGUUAGCAGUCAUCUGUGUGUGGAAGAAAGGGAGCUAUGAGGCUCUUAAAUUGCAAGCCAAGGAAUUUCAGGUGCCGAAGAGCCUGGAGAAGCUGGCCAUGGGGUCUGGUUUACAGUCUAGGUCUGCAAGCAGCCAACAAGACCCUAAGCAGGACAGUCAACUCCUCAGUCAUCUCAGGGUCACUGCCAAGGUCAAACCACAGCCCUCCUACCAGGUGUGGGACAAGGACUCCUCAUCCAAAAACCUCAACCCCAGGCUGCAAAAGAUCCUGAAGAAUUAUCUGAACAUGAACAAGUAUAAAGUGUCCUACAAGGGGCCAGGGCCAGGAGUCAAGUUCAGUGCCGAGGCCCUGCGCUGCUACCUUCGAGACCAUGUGAACGUAUCCAUGAUAGAGGCCACAGAUUUUCCCUUCAACACUACUGAAUGGAAGGGUUACCUGCCCAAGGAGAACUUUAGGACCAAGGCUGGGCCCUGGCACAGGUGUGCCGUUGUGUCCUCCGCAGGAGCUCUGAAAUCCUCCCAGCUGGGCAGAGAGAUUGAUAAUCACGAUGCAGUCCUGAGGUUUAAUGGGGCACCUGUCCGCCAUUUCCAACAGGAUGUGGGCACAAAAACGACCAUUCGCCUGAUGAAUUCUCAGCUAAUCACCACAGAAAAGCACUUCCUGAAGAACACCUUGUACAACGAAGGAAUCCUCAUUGUGUGGGACCCAUCUUUGUACCAUGCAGAUAUUCCAAACUGGUACCGGAAGCCAGACUACAACUUCUUCGAAACGUAUAAGAGUUAUCGCAGGCUGUACCCCAACCAGCCCUUUUACAUGCUCAGGCCUCAGAUGCCAUGGGAACUGUGGGACAUCAUUCAGGAGAUCUCUUCGGAUUGGAUUCAGCCAAACCCUCCGUCCUCCGGCAUGCUGGGCAUCAUCAUCAUGAUGACACUGUGUGACCAGGUAGAUGUUUAUGAGUUCAUCCCAUCCAAGCGCAAGACUGACGUGUGCUACUACCACCAGAACUUCUUCGACAACGCCUGCACGAUGGGUGCCUACCACCCCCUCCUCUUCGAGAAGAAUAUGGUGAAGCAUCUCAAUGAGGGCACAGACGAAGACAUCUAUUUGUUUGGGAAAGCCACGCUGUCUGGCUUCCGGAACAUUCGCUGUUGAGCACGUGUCUCGAGCCAGGCACUCUCAUUCUUCUCCCUAGGUCAUUAUACGGCUAGUCUCCUGGUUACCCCUGCUUAGAGGAGGGGUAGCCAGGCCCAAGCCUGCUUCUUACACUCUAGGGAAUUUUGUUGGCAGGAACCCUGGGGCUUCCAGAGCCUGAUGGCAAGGAGGCAGACCCAGCCUUCCCUGCAGCCACAGAGCAUAGGAGCUCAGACUCCUGCCACACACAUUCACCCUAGAUGGCACCCUCCUCUCCUUCCACACGGGCAGGGAAAAGAGCCACGGUUCUCAGCAGGGUUGCCAAAACCAGACUUUGUUUUUCCCAACCGGAUGAUGUCAUCCUCCCAAACCAGCACCCUCCACGGCUUGAAAUCUCUACGCAGGUAUUGAUUUCACACCUUAAAGAAGCCCUCCCAAGGCAUGAUUUGUUCCAGAUGCAGGGUGGCUCAGAGGAGGGAAAACAAACCACUGGUGUGGGACAUGGAAGCUUGCUCAGUGACUGCAGAGCAAAGUCAUUCCCAAGGGCGCUUCCCUGGGGACAUAGUCCCUGUUGUCACCCUGUCUGGCGAGGCUGAUCCUUAAGCCUGGGUGCUGAUGAGCAAAGGCUCUGGAGUAGCUCCCUUCCCUCUCCAUGUGGAGACGAAAGGUACAGAAACCCCCUGUCUCCGUCCUCAACCCAUUCACUUUGAGUAGACGAGACAGACACCCAACAGGCAGCUCGAAUGUAAACAUUCCAUGUGCUCAGGGUGCUGGGCUUUAGAGAGAGGGCGCUGCUGUCUGUACACCCAGGAGGAGCCGGCUCCACCAUGUUCUUGUAAAGCUGUGUGUGGCAUUGGGGCCGUCUUAGAGGAGAAGACACAUGUCAAGUAGAUGUCACCUGAAUCAGAAGGGCUGCGUUUUCCUUUCUCCUGUUAUCAUCCCCUUACGUUCUCUAAGACCUGGUAGGACAUGGGACCAAGAUAUUUUUGUUAGGAUGCCCCUACCCACUCCGGCAGCAAGUGCUGCCCCACAGUAGACACCAGGCGAGUCAGAUAGACCUGGGGCUCUUUUUAUCUUUUUUAAAUGUCUACUCCCUAGCCUUCUAGCUGCUCUCGUUACCUUCCCUUAACUCAGUCACCCCUCCCAGAUUACUUUUAAUCAUUUUCUGUUUGACAGAUAUCCUGACCCCCAACUUCUUUGACCUCAUGGAAGGUCUCUCAGGGCAUGGGGACUAUGUUUUCUAGGACUUAGGUUAGAAUCUUAAUCAGAACUGAUCCUCACAAGGUGUGAGGUGUGUGAUUGAUGAUUGUCCUGCUCUCUCCACCAGUUCCCUGCCAGGGAGUGACAUUGGUCUCUGGGCAGGAAGCACCCACGGUGUUUGGCAAGCAUACUCUCACAAGGAUUUUCUGAGACCUCUCUCCCUGGUGGGGAACUGCAGUGGUCCACUCAGCCCGUGGUCCAAUGACUUGUUUAUGGUUAAAAAAAAAAAAAUGAGUGCAAAUGGAACGAGGCCACCGAGAUACAGUCCAGUGGACUCCCAAGCCUGGCCCUGUGUGCUCACAGGGCUCCAGUGUUUGAGCUUCAGACACCUGUUUACUGCUGACCCCUUGCCUUAUACAGACAAUAGAAAGCCUGAAGGGAAAGGCCCUGGGUUUUCAGGUUGACCCCCACUGACUCACUGUGCCACUUUACACAGAGUCUCUUCUUCAAGGCUUUGUUUGCAUAUCUGUAAAAUGGGGGUGACAAUCCUACCUCACAGGGCUGUGUGGGGACCACAGGAGGGCAUGUGGCUGGACUGUGUCCAUGGUGCAUAGGAAGUAGGUACCCUGCUGUCCUUAUUUACUCAUGAAGGGCCUGCUCAGUGAUGCAUGUUGCAAGGGAGAGCAGUGGGGAGGAACAUGGCAACUGCCCCAUUUGCAACACUCACGAGCCUGCCCUCCUGCCUGCCUGCGCCUCAGGUCUCUGUCUGCUUGAGGGUGCACGGAGCAUUGGCCUGCUUGGCUGCUGUGUGGGACGAGGCUAGGGAAUCCUUGGCUUCCUUCAAGUUCUCGUCUCACGUGCUCAUUAUAACGCAUCAGGACCUGGGGACGGAGCGCCCAGGAAGCUGACAUUCCGUCAGCAGGAGGUACAUGUUGAUGUAGGGAUGGAGACUACACUGGGUAGAUUCUAGUUUUUAACUGUUAUUAAUGUGGAGGAAUAAAUUAAUUAAAUGUAAUGUGAUUCUGGCAUCUGUAAAACUUUCUCUGUGUUCUGUAAAUGUGGAGGCCUGAGUAAAAUAGACUAUGACAUGGAUGUAAGUGUUAUUGAUUUGAUGAGAUGUUUAAUAUUUGCGACAGACAGUUUACAGUCUGUGAUUGACAGGAAGGCCUCCGUGUACACAGGCACUGACUUCAGUAGCCAUCUAUGCAUCCUCAAUCAUGGGAUCUUUCUGCCAAUUGAAUCUACUGUUGGUCUGGGGUUUGAGAGUGUGACAGAGACUUUAACAGCAUACCUGUUAAUUCUAAAUUAUCCAAAGACUGUACAAAUUUUAAAAUAAAUCUUUUCCAAAAAUC